AUGCAGCGCAAGCCACAGACCUCUGCCCGGAUUGCAGCCGACAUGUCUUCUGGCAGUCCGCUACCUCCCCUCCCUCGCGCCUUGGACAAGCGCGACACCUACUACGGCAUAUUCAAUAAUGUGUCGGACGAUGAUGCGGCCCUCGUCGAAGCGAUAGUGGAUGACUUACUUAUUGACGGGUAUAUGGUCGCGGUCAUGUCCCUGCUAUUUGCAUUCUAUUCCGUUGUCUUCUUCGCGGCGAUGCGGCACCUGGUAAAGGACGGGCUACGAAGUAGACCCAACAGAUCGAUGUUGGCAGCUCUGACGUUCAUGUACGGGGCUGCAUGCGUGACGUACGCCUUCGAGCUCCUCUACCUGCGCCAACUGGCCAAGGCAACGAUCGUGGACUUUACCGGGCGGAUCGGUCUCUUCGACAGCAAUAUCACUACAGUCGCCCGGGUGGGGCAGUUUGUCGUCCAGGGUUUGAGUGUGCUAUGUGGGGACCUGGUCAUCCUUUGGAGGACGGCCGUCGUUUGGCAUAAUAGCGUUAUCAUACGAAGGGUGAACUGGAUCUUCAUGAUCUUUGUCGUCGUAACCUGGAUCGCAGGCAUAGCCAUCCUGCUGAAGUCUGGCACUCAGUUCGUGCUGAUUCCGCUCGCACUCUCACUCUCAGUCAAUAUAUGGAGUACGGUCGCGAUAGGGUAUAAGACAUGGCAUCGUCGUCGCAUGGUAAGCCGGCAUGUAUUCAUGGCAGGCCGCUAUUCUGGGUCGGCAGCAAUAGAACGCGCUUUGGUGGUCCUUACGGAAACCGGUUUAGCUUACACGGUGUUAUGGAUCGUCUAUGUCGCUGUCGCGGCGUCGUACUACUUUGGGCCCAGAUCAAACUCGUUCGACGAAGUUGACCUCACACUUGAAGCCUCGUUCAACUGGCUCAGGUUGAUCAUGAACAUGUUGAUCCCAAUCUAUCCGACUCUCCUCAUCCUCCUCGUCGCUCGACGUACUACACCGCUGACCGAGACGCUCACCUCGAUCGAUGUCGACGCUGUGGCGGUGGCCUCGAGUUCAAGAGGAAGUGUCGUGGACACCGUACCACUUCAGGAUGUUCCGGAUCCGGAAGAUAAGCUCGAUGGAGGCUUUGCGAGGGGUCCAAAUCCUCCUGCAUACAUCUGGUCUUGA